AUGCUCCGCAACCUGGCGGACGCUGAGAAGGCCCGGCUCCUGGACUGUCUCAACGCUGUCUGGAACAACGGCCAGCUCCCCGAGUCAUGGCUCACUGCCAUAGUCGUGUCCAUACUGAAGGCACGAAAGCCAGCCACAGCUCCAUCGUCCUACAGGCCUGUCUCCCUUACAUCUGCGGUCUGCAAAGUCAUGGAGACCUUGGUCCUGGUGCGCCUGCAGUGGAUAGCCAGGGUGCUGGAGUUCUUUCCGGAGCAGCAGACUGGCUUCCGGAGUCGCCGCUGCACAGCUGACUCCAUCGGCGACGUCGUAUCGACACUGGAGCAGGCCAGGAGUGAAGGAGAGGCAGCCCUGCUGGUCCUCCUGGAUGUGCAGAGUGCCUUCGACGGCCUGCCCCAUCAGGUGGUGAUACACGCCCUCGAUGCACUGGGAGUGUCGGGACGCAUGGAGCAAUUCGUGCGUGCCUUCCUGACCGGUCGCUCGUUCCGAGUGCGCGUGGGCACCGCACAGAGCUCCCCGCGACCGGUCACGGCAGGCGUGCCUCAGGGAUCGCCUUCCUGCAGUCCGGACCUGCCUCCAGGAGGCCCUGGACGCCUCGGUGGGCCACCUAGCUUCCGUGGGCCUCACGGUAUCGUCUGCCAAGACCAAGGCUCUCCUGGUGCAUCCUCGUUCGGCUACCCGACGGAGCACUGCCUGUCUCAGCGUAGGAGGCACCGAGAUACCUUGGCAGAAGACAUGUACCUGGGACUGCAGAUCGACCACCUGCUGACCUGGACUCCCGCUGUAAAGGCUGCCGUGGCCCAGGUCCAGAGAGUCCAGAAAGCCGUGAGCCGCAUUUUCUUGAGGGGGCGAGGAUGCUCGACAUCCUGGGCGCUGCGUCUGCAUUCUGCAGCCGCCACCUCCAGGCUGCUCUACGCCUUGCCACUCGUCACGCUGUCAGCAACCCGGCUGAGACGUCUGGAGCAGCUACACAGAGGCUUCAUCAGGAGCGUGCUGGGGCUGCCCCGGACCUCUCAAAUAGCAGCAACGCUCGCAGAGGCGGGGGCGUGGCCCCUGUCCCUCCUGCUGCAGCAACGUGGCCUGCUGCCCAUCGACAGGCUGGCCCACGCCACUGACGGAGAACGCCUGCUCACCCGCCUGGCGAGCCGUCCCUCCUCCAGGAUGGGGAGCCUCGUCGACACUUACCUGGCAGUGGUCGGCCAGCCCAGGAAGCAAAAGUCGGCUACAAGCCUUCCUGACUCGGCUUGA